AUGUUCUUUAUAGGCCCAGAGGCCUUAUUGAAUCUGAAGAUUCUAGAUCUUGAGGUCGUAUUGAACCCGAAGGUUCUAGACCCUGAGGCCUUAUUGAAUCCGAAGAUUCUAGACUAUGAGUUCGUAUUGAACCUGGAGGUUCCAGACCCUGAGACCUUAUUGAAUCCGGAGAUUCUAGACCCUGAGGUCGUAUUGAACCCGGAGGUUCUAGACCCUGAGGCCUUAUUGAAUCCAAAGAUUAUAGACCCUGAGGUCGUAUUGAACCCGGAGUUUCCAGACCCUGAGGCCUUAUUGAAUCCGGAGAUUCUAGACCCUGAGGUCGUAUUGAACCCGGAGGUUCUAGACCCUGAGGCCUUAUUGAAUCCGAAGAUUGCAGACCCUGAGGUCGUAUUGAACCCGGAGGUUCCAGACCCUGAGGCCUUAUUGAAUCCGAAGAUUCUAGACCCUAAGGUCAUAUUGAACCCGGAGGUUCCAGACCCUGAGGCUUUAUUGAAUCCAGAGAUUCUAGACCCGGAUGUCGUAUUGAAUCCAGAGGUUUAUGGGCUUGUAUGCAUUUUCGGGAGGAUCCAGGACACGGGACGUGAGUUUUUUCAGUUCAUGUUACCUGGUGUUAGGGAUGGACGCUGGUCGGAGUCGGAGCCGGAGGUUCGGAGUCGGAGCCGGAGCCUUGGAGUUGGAGCCGGAACUUCUUCACGUGAGAAUUUGAAUACCGGGGUCCUGCUCGGAUGA